AAAACGGAAGAAAUAAACAAUUUUUAAGAUGUCCACCGAUGUGUCUACGGUGCAUAAAGUGUGCCGAUGUUGUUUGGAGCAGGAUAGAGCUUGCACCAACGUUUUCACUACAUUGUGCGAGUUUCAAAACAAAAUAAGUGAUUUGCUGCUGGAUUGUACGGGGAUUUCGAUUUCAGAGCAAGAUUUUUUUUCGAAGGAAAUCUGCGACCCGUGCCUAGUGGAGCUAACCAACGCGAACCGCUUCCGAGUGCGAUGUCUUGCAUCGCAAGAGACGUUACAAAGUGAUCAACUGGUCGUUAGAGUACUGCAAUCGUUUCAGCCGAUAGAUCCGAAUAAUUCCGCCCUGCAGGGCAUCGGUUCGCUUUCGGCGGACUUGGACGUCGUCAAUUCUAUCGAUCAAUCUAGCCAAAACUAUGAAACCACAGACAGUCAAACUUUGCUUGUCGCGGAUGUGUCAGCUUUUCAAAAUCCGGUUAAAAUCGAAGAAUCUGAUCUGAAAUUAGAAGACGCAACAUAUCUGCUCGGUACUCUGUUGAAUGAACCCACACGUGGGGCAUGUUUCGAAGAUUCGUCUACUUUUAGUAACCACAAUCAAAUACAGGUUGAAAAUACGGUUGUUGAAGAGCCACACCAAUUAAGCAUUUAUGGAAACGUAUUCAACGAUGUGAAUAGUCCGGUAAAACUGCUUCCGCAGCUUCCGGCUGACCACACGCAAGCUUCGAAAUGCCACAUUUGUAGCGAACAGUUUCAAACUACCAAAUUACUCAUCCGACAUCGACGGCUCAACCAUACCGGUAGAACGAGCAAAUGUCCUAAGUGCAAAAAGGGAUUCAGCUGCCGCUCGCUUCUUGCGAAGCAUAUGAUUAUCCAUUCCAGCGAGCAGCCCCAUAAAUGCGACUCUUGUGACCAGCGGUUUCAUUUCAAGGGUUGUCUUCUGAAGCACAGGAAGACACAUAAUGUUAAACAAACUUUUACGGCGGAAGUGUUGUCCACAAGCGAUGUGAAAGACGACGGGGAACAGCAGCAGCAGUCCGACGUUGCGUGUUAUGAUUGUGACCUGUGCGGAAAACAGUUUAUGUCUCUUACAAGAAACAAACUUAAAUAUUGA